AUGGUCGGCCUCCUAUCUGAGUAUCUCUUCCUCUUAGACUGGUCCAAGACUGAUCUACCCCAGUCAUCUCACAGGCUCUACAUUCUUCCAGUUUCUACGAUGAGCCUAUCUUUUAGCAUCAAAGACUCGGACCUCGUACCCGUAGGCAAGGGUAUUUACCUACGUCGUGCACCCCCUUUUACGGGUACCUACAAUGUACUUGAACCCAGCCCUCCAAACAUCAUUCUCAUUUUUGGAUGGAUGGGUGCCAAGCUACCUCAUAUCUUCAAGUACACCAAGGUAUACGAGGACGUGUUUCCCAAUGCUACUCAAGUUAUUAUCACAAGCAAUCCCCAAUUAUUUUGGUCGUCUAACCGAACUCGGAUGAAGAACCUUCUUCCUGUUAUGGAAAUUCUGGAAGCUCAUGGAUGCAGCGGAGCACUCCCAGCAGUGGUCAUUUCCUCCCAUGCAAGAGUAACUUCACUUAAACCUUCCACCGCAGGAGGGGGGGUACAAUUAUUGACAUUGGGCAAUCUCCUUCGCUCCAAAUGGUCUUUGGAUCUGCAUGGAGGUCACGUAUCUGCCCUGGUCAUUGACUCUUGUCCUGGGACUCCAUCUCUUUGGCGCACUGUACAGGCUUUCUGCGUAUUCCUCCCCGCUCUACUGCGUAUUCCAUCGGUUAUCCUCGUCACAUUCAUUUAUGGCAUCAUUACCCUCGUCAAACAAUGGGUAUUCGGAGUCCAGCCUAUAUCUGAGCGGUUGAAAGAAGGGCUCUUGCGCAAAGGCCCUCAAGGUGGAAUACUUCCUUGGAUGAAUGAACAAACACCAAGGAUGUACGUGUGCUCAAAGAAGGAUGAUCUGAUUCCUAUAGAUCAAAUCGAAGAACAUGUCAAGGAGGCGAGACGGAGAGGGCUAAAUGCGAAGAUCGAGAUGUAUGAAGAUACUCCCCAUGUGGCGCAUGCCAGAAGUUACCCCGAACGAUACUGGGGCGCAGUGAAGGAUUUAUGGGUCAGUGCUGACUCUAUGUAA